GCACGCACUCACAUCGCCCGAGCGCAAACAGAGCAGCAGCUUCACGGGGCUCAAACCGGCGGCUUGCAGAAGGGGCAGGUGGACGUCCGCGCAGACUACCACCUCCGCUUGGCGGUCUGAAAGCACCUCGGUGGAAAUUUGGCCACUUCUCGCAGCCCGUCAGUGAUCUCGGUGUCAUUUGUCACAAAUACAUGCCGUUCAAGUGCUCGUAGUAAACAGUUCCUCGAGAUGGAAAACGCCCACACUAAAUCCGCAUCAGAAGUUUUAGCAAACUUCGGUGUGAACGAAAACACUGGACUCACGCUGGAACAAGUGAAAAUUAAUUUUGAAAGAUACGGACCGAAUGAGCUCCCAGCCGAAGAAGGUAAAUCACUGUGGGAGUUGGUGGUGGAGCAGUUUGAGGACCUCCUGGUGAGGAUUCUGCUGCUGGCAGCCUGCGUGUCUUUCGUGUUGGCACUGUUUGAGGAGGGGGAGGAGUCGACCACAGCCUUCGUGGAGCCUAUUGUCAUCCUGCUCAUUCUGGUGGCCAAUGCAGUCAUUGGAGUCUGGCAGGAACGAAAUGCAGAGAAUGCCAUUGAAGCUCUGAAGGAAUAUGAGCCAGAGAUGGGCAAAGUCUACCGCAUGAACCGCACCGCCGUCCAGAGGAUCAAAGCUCGGGACAUUGUGCCUGGAGAUAUUGUGGAGGUUUCUGUUGGAGACAAGGUGCCAGCAGAUAUCAGGAUCACUUCAAUCAAGUCCACUACACUGAGAGUGGACCAGUCCAUUCUCACAGGCGAGUCUGUGUCUGUUAUCAAACACACUGAUCCUGUGCCAGAUCCACGAGCUGUCAAUCAAGACAAAAAGAACAUGCUGUUUUCUGGCACAAACAUUGCUGCAGGUCGGGCUAUCGGUAUUGUCGUUUCCACCGCCGUUUCCACCGAAAUCGGCAAGAUCCGCAACCAGAUGGCAUCCACCGAACAGGAGAAGACCCCGCUGCAACAGAAGCUGGAUGAGUUUGGCCAACAGCUCUCAAAGGUCAUCUCCCUCAUCUGCAUCGCCGUCUGGGUCAUUAACAUCGGCCAUUUCGCCGACCCUGUUCACGGUGGCUCGUGGAUUCGAGGUGCCAUCUACUAUUUCAAAAUAGCCGUGGCCUUGGCAGUGGCAGCCAUCCCGGAGGGUCUUCCAGCUGUCAUCACCACCUGCCUGGCAUUGGGCACCCGUCGCAUGGCCAAGAAAAACGCCAUUGUCCGAUCUCUGCCCUCAGUGGAGACUCUGGGAUGCACCUCCGUUAUCUGCUCAGACAAGACGGGGACCCUGACAACCAACCAGAUGUCUGUCUGCAGGAUGUUUGUGGUUAAUAAGGCUGAUGACACCAGCUGCUCCCUGCAUGAGUUCACCAUCACCGGCUCAACCUAUGCUCCAGAGGGACAAGUGCUGAGAGCUGAAAAGCCGGUGCAGUGUGGAGAAUAUGAUGGUCUGGUGGAACUGGCUACUAUCUGCUCUUUGUGCAACGACUCCUCGCUGGACUAUAAUGAGGCCAAAGGAGUGUACGAGAAAGUGGGUGAGGCCACAGAAACUGCGCUCACGACUCUGGUGGAGAAGAUGAAUGUGUUUAAAACUGACCUCUCCGGACUCAGCAAAGUAGACCGAGCUUCAGCAUGCAAUGUGAUUAUCAGAAAGCUGAUGCAGAAAAAAUUCACACUGGAGUUUUCCAGAGACAGGAAGUCCAUGUCCGUGUACUGCACACCCAAUGGCUCGAACUCCCAGAGCAAGAUGUUUGUCAAGGGUGCUCCAGAGAGUGUGAUUGACCGUUGUCAGUUCAUGCGUGUCGGUAAAGACCGUGUCCCAUUGACCAUAGCGGUAAAGGAGGAGCUGAUGAGCACUAUUAGAGACUGGGGGACAGGCAGGGACACACUGCGCUGCUUGGCUUUGGCCACACGAGAUUCUCCCCCACUUGAAGACAAAAUGGACCUGGAGAACUCUGUCAAAUUCUCAGAGUAUGAGUCAAAUCUCACCUUCGUUGGCUGUGUGGGGAUGUUGGAUCCACCCAGAAAGGAGGUGAUUGGCUCAAUAAAGCUGUGCAGUAAGGCCGGUAUACGUGUCAUCAUGAUCACUGGGGACAACAAGGGCACCGCCGUGGCCAUCUGCAAACGCAUUGGCAUUUUCAAUGAGGAUGAAGAUGUGGAAGGAAGAGCCUACACUGGCAGAGAGUUUGAUGACCUGACUCCAGAGGUUCAGCGAGAAGCUGUGAAAAGGGCUCGCUGCUUUGCCCGUGUCGAGCCUGCACACAAGUCAAAGAUCGUUGCUUAUCUGCAGUCCUUUGAUGAGAUCACAGCGAUGACUGGAGAUGGCGUUAAUGACGCCCCUGCCUUAAAAAAGGCUGAAAUUGGCAUUGCUAUGGGCUCAGGAACAGCUGUAGCCAAGUCAGCCUCCGAGAUGGUGCUCUCAGAUGAUAACUUUUCCACCAUUGUGGCCGCGGUGGAAGAGGGACGAGCCAUCUACAACAACAUGAAGCAGUUUAUCCGUUACCUCAUCUCCUCCAACGUGGGAGAGGUGGUGUGUAUUUUCCUGACAGCCAUCCUAGGCCUGCCUGAGGCUUUGAUCCCUGUCCAGUUGUUGUGGGUGAACCUAGUGACUGAUGGUCUGCCAGCCACUGCCCUGGGCUUCAACCCCCCUGAUCUGGACAUCAUGGACAAGCCACCCAGAAACCCUAAGGAGCCUCUCAUUUCAGGCUGGCUCUUCUUCAGAUACCUAGCCAUUGGAGGAUAUGUGGGUCUAGGCACUGUCAGUGCUGCCACCUGGUGGUAUUUGUUUGAUGAGGACGGCCCACAGGUGUCUUUUUAUCAGCUGCGGCACUUUAUGCAGUGUACAGAAGAAAACCCCAUGUUUCAGGGUAUUGACUGUGAGGUCUUUGAGUCACGUUACCCCACCACCAUGGCUCUCUCUGUGCUUGUUACCAUAGAGAUGUUCAACGCUCUUAACAGCCUGUCAGAGAAUCAGUCUCUGCUGAGAAUGCCACCCUGGGUGAAUAUAUGGCUGCUGGGGGCCAUAAUUCUCUCCUUGUCUCUACACUUCCUCAUCCUGUAUGUGGAGCCUCUCCCGCUAAUCUUCCAGGUAACUCCACUGCAUUAUUCCCAAUGGAUCAUAGUCCUCAAGAUCUCAAUUCCUGUCAUCCUAUUGGAUGAGGCACUCAAGUAUAUCUCCCGCCACCACUUAGAAGUUUAACUUUCUCCUCUCAUCUUUUAAAAGGUGAAGAGGAAGAAAAGUACAGGAAGAGUCGGCAGCUGAAAUUCUAGGACAACUUCCUCCAGGCACACAUGAACACACACACGCCCACCCCUGCCUUUUUCCCCCGAGCUCUUAAGACUGCGCUCCAUGCACACACACAUUCACUCACACACACACACACACACACACUCGUCAUCACUCCUCCCGUGUCUUCGCUGCAUGUCCAGCCACCACUAAAACAAGCAGGGCUUGUGGUUUAUGUUACUGUGUGUGUGUGUUUGUGUGAGAGAUUAGGUGUGCGUGUGUGUUGGCAUGUGCAUGGGCCUAACUCGAUCAUGGCGAGCAGCUGUGUGACCAUUUGUUUUUGUUUAUCUUGCUUUGUAGCUUUCAUAUCCUUGCUGUACAUAGUAGGGCGGUUUGUGGUGCAUUUGAGAGAGCAGAAGAGGGUUUGACGUUAAACAUUCGGGUUAAAUUCAUGGGGGGAGGGUGGGGUCAUGGAUCAUACUUCGCAUUCAAAAUACUUUACACAAUUGAAAAAGAGAGAAUAGAGAUGGCACCAAGGGGCGUCUUUUAAUGUGUGAAUGUUCGUGUUUGGACAAAACGGCCAGUUUCUUAAGUCAACUAUCGUUCCUCUCUUUACAAAUGGGUGGCCACCUUCAGCGCUCAGAGUUUGUUCUCUUAGCCAGUUAGAUAACUGUUUACACAAAGCUAAACUCGGCAGCAGAUAUAUUUAAAUUGCACUCGAAUUAAAAAAAAAAAAAACGCGAUGGCACCACUUAAAACCUGAGAAUGUUAAAACACACUCCAUUCUAGAUUCAAGUAUAUGUGAAAUAAUAGGCCCAGGUAUGCAUUUUCACCUACGAAACAUUUCAAAACCAUCCAAAAAUAUUUACACAGGAUCGCAAACACACACAGACCUAUCCCAGACGACUUCUCUUCUCCGCCUCUUUUAUUCUCUAGAGUGAACUCCAGUUGAACACUAGUAACUAUGUGCUGCGGGUAAACGCGGCGCAGCCUGCCACAUGCUGUAAGUCUUAAUAUCUACGGCAUGUGAGAGGGAAGGAGGAGGAAUGUUAGGGAUUUGUUCAUUGACGUGAAGGGCAGGCCAGAUCUGCAGCAUUGCCUGGACGGCUUUGAUGUUUAACAUUCAGACUCGCAUCCUCAUUAUGGAGUAAAGGGGUCUCGACUUGAAUGUACUUUCACUCGCUUAUCUUUUGAAAUUUGACUCUGCAGUCCUAAACUGCACUAUUCAUCCGUUUUUAGUACCGUAUGCUGCCAAAUGGCUUUUUCCAUUUGCUCGUUUUUUUUUUUGUUCCUCCUAUUCAGUCAUGUCGAUAACGUCACAAUCAUCCUUAACGCAGUGGGGCUUACGUGCUUGCCGUACAUCAUGUCCACAGAGGGAGGACUCUCUACCGCUAGUGCUUUUCCUGCAAUUUUGAUGAACUCUUUUUUUUUUUUUUAAACAAAGUAAUAAUAAUGUAUUCGACUGAAAGAACCCAGGUGGUUUAGUUUGUCAGUUUUGCUGUUAAGGGUAUCAUAUGCCUUCAUCGAUCUGUUGGGAAAUGCUGGUGUGCUGUUAUCAGUCCAGUUGGCAAACCAGCUACGCCUGUGCCUGGUGUCAUUAUGCUUGCCGUGGUAAAACCGCAGCGUGAAAAGUCUGUGUCCGCUUGUUAGCUGUGAUUUCGUCACGGUCUAGAAUCAUCCGUUUUGCCGGUAGCAAAUGUGAGUGGUGUAAAUGCUCUGUGUCCCAUGUGCUCUCGCACUUUUAACUAUUCCUAUGUCAACGUAUUACCAUGUAACUUUAGGGUCAGCGUCCUGACACGAGGCAGCAAAGGGCCGCUCAUAUUCAUCACACUAGCAUCUGCACCAAUAGAAAGUGUAGGCUUUGUACAGCCUUGCUAAUAACUACUGAUCUCUUGAACUCUGUACAGAAAAAAAAAUGAAAUACCUGAUUGCAUGGAACCUUGUUACUGUAAUUAAUAACCUAUACAGUAUAUUUAAAUUUUUUUUAAGUAAUGACUUAAAUGAAACAUCACCACCCGGAACAGAACAGUACGAAACUCUUUUUUUUUUCUUUCUUUCUGCGUUCAAGUAACUAAGGAUGGAGAAUAUUUUGUAGAAUAGUGGAGGUUGUUUAUUCAUCGUUACAGUUUGUUUUUUAAAGGUUGCAGGGUUUCUGUGUCUUUUAGAUUUAGUUUAGGAGUUGUAAAAUAAAGAUAAGAAUUGUGCUAACGAUCAUUUUUGCAACUAUAAUUGGAUUUGAACGCCUGAGGAUUUUUAGUUUUUCUUUGUUUGUCUGUUUGAUGAUCGAUUGUUCUGGAAAAGCAACAUCCGUUCUCUCGAAGGGCCCGGUGUGGGUACCGUGCCUCCAGAGAUACGAAACGUCUGUGUGUUACGCAGAAUGUCGGACGUCCACUUUGUACAUCUAUUUCAAUCCAUUUCUCUCUUUUUUUUCACUUUAUUGAACGUCUUUAGUCGGUGCUUCUUCCACGUGCCGUUUUCAUCAAACAAUACUGAAUGUUUUCAUUCUGAAACGCACUUGAUUAUUCGCUAGGGGCGCUCUCUAAAGGUUGACAAUCAGGAAAGCAAACAAAAGACUGUAGUGCCGUUUCCCUCCAUUCGUUCUCGAGCACAGUGUGGUCCUGAGAUGAUCAGCUGUCUUUCUGCCUGCGCACAAACCGGCUGGAGCUUUGCACCCACUACUGAGAAAGAAUUCUCUGUAAACGCCUUGGUAAUAUUAAUUGUGGAUACAUAAUUUUAUAUAUAUGAAAAAGACAUGUCAAAUAAAGAUUAUUUAUCUUCUAAUUUA